GUGCUGGGCCGGCUUCGGCGGCUGGAAGACGAGUCGGCGGACCUGGCAACUAUGCUGGAUCGUGAGCGCCGAGACCGCGCUGAGGCAGAGUCAACGAUUGCACGCUUGCAGGAGGACCGCGAGCAGACUGGGACAAGCCUUACGUGCACCCAGCAGCGCCUAGCGUCGUCAGAGCAGCAGCUGGAACAGUUGCGUUCAGAGCUUGACCGGGUCACGCGCGAGCUAGGGGAGAAGGCCCAUGAAGUCGAAGACUUGCAACAGCGGCAGCAUGAUCAGCUGGUGGCUGGAGAGCACGACCGAAAGAGCGCCCAAACAGUUCCUGGCCUGAGUCUUGUUGGCGUGACCAUGCUUAAUGCAACGGAGAUGGAGCUCGAGGGCCUGCGGGCUGAGCACGAGAAUUUGCGUGCCAAGGCCGAAAUGCAGGCCACUGAGCUGCGGCAACUGCACAAGGAGGUAUCGGGUCUACGUGCGGCCAGGGACAAGCUGGUCGACGAGCUGCAGGAGAUGCAACAGCUUCUGGAGAUCAAGGAGGGGUUUGCCGCUGAGGAUGAGCUUUUGGCGGCCGCCAAGGUUUCCAGCACGUCUGCCAAGAGCGCCACCUUGUCCAAGGGCACCGACAGCAAGGCAGCAGCGAGAGCCGCGCCGCGUGGUGCGCCCGCGGCGUCAAGAGGAGGCAGCUCCAUGGCGAAGGGCCGAACCACAAUCUUGGGCCAGUCCAUGGACACGUCAGCGAGCAGCGGCAGCGUCCCCAUUGGUAGAAGGCGCAUGGCAGCGAGCGUUGGGGGAAGUGCCGUAUCUAUGAUCAGGAGCAGUGGAGGUGGCUCAGACAGCAGCUUCCGCAACAGCACGGAGAGUCUCUUCGACCGUGUUCCCCCAUUCAGCGGCAGCGUUACCGAUAGGUACGGCCGGCGCAGCAUCCCGCUGCCGCCGGGCACUCCUAGCGUACGGACCUCGAUGCCGGGCACGGCUCCCUGCUCCGGAGCUAGCACCCCCCGUCAAAACUUUGACGCGCUGGCACGUCUCGAAGAGGUCCAAUUCCAGCUAGCGCAGGCCGAGGCAGCUCGGCAGGCAUUGGAGUGCCAGUUACAGGCCGCCCAAGACUUGAUAAUGAGCAAGGACAGCGAACUUGCCACGGCCAACCUGAUGCUCCUCGAGUAUGAGCGCAUGAGCAACUCGGCAGCGCAAUGUCAGCAACCCACGGCGUCGCCUCUUCUCCAGCUGUUGCUCCCCACCUCUGCCCAUGCUGCCAAGAGCCCUGACGCGACGCCGGCAAACAUUGAUGGCGAUGCCUUAUCCUCACGGCGCCGCGAUGCAGACUGCGGUGUGGAGGAGAGCUCUCAGGGGAGCUCAAUCAAUGCUGACUUCAACAUCAAGAGCACCCAGAUGGACGACAUGAUAGCGAGGCUGGAGGCGCUGCAGGCUGAGUGCCAGGAGCUUGCCCGCCGUGCAGCCGACCUGGACGAGCAGCGGUUACGGGCUGUCAUGGAGGCAGACGACCGGUUGGCUGAGCUACAAGCCACUAAGGAGUACAUCUCGGAGCUAGAAGAGGAGGUGGGCUUGCUGCAGGCGAUGUCCCUAAAGGCGUCGCAGGAGAUGCAGACGAAAGCGCAGGCGGUGCAAGAACAGGAAGCCGAACUGCUAGCGGCUCGCCAGGAGUUAGCGCGAGCACAGGCCAACUACGCAGCGCAGGCCAAGGAGGCGGAGGAGCUAUCGCUGAAGCUGUUGGCGGUGCAGCCGCACGGCCCGGGCGUGGGGCUGCAUGAUGCGAGUUCGGAC